GCUGAGCAUGGCAAGGUAGAUGCAUCCUCAUGCCGAGUAAACAAUCUGUGGUAUAAAUUAUAAUAUAUUGCCUAAAACGAUUGGACUUUUUAUUUGUUAUUAUUAUUUAUUAGUCAUUAAUCGGAUAUAUUAAAUAAUUGAUUCAGAAUGCCGCCAAAAUGUCUCAAUUCGGAAUGUACUUCAACCGAUAAAACUCUAGUGGAAGCCCGAAGAUUUGUCUGUGCAUACUAUAAUUUAACGUUUAAACCUUAUCGUCGAGUGUGUACAAACUGCUUGGAAAUAAGUAUUAUGCAUCACAAUAGAAUCAGGAGCCAAUUUAAAAGUUCUCAGUGUAUUCUUAACGAUAUUCCAAUUGUAGACGACAGUGUUGUUUUGUCAGACGAUGAGUUUGAAGAAAACGAUAAAAUUGUAAAGAAUAUAACAAAUAUUGAAACUAUUAAAAAAAAUAUAGAACUUGUUUUAGAACAUGUGAACCCUGUAUUGAAUGACCAGAAUCUAACAUGCAAAAAGUUUUUAACAGAUAUGGAAAAUAAACUGUCCAAAGAAAAACAAAGUAUAAAUAGUAUUAUUAGUAGUGUAAAUAAUGAUAUACAGGACAUUUGGUCAAAAAUGUUUAGUAAAAAUCAAACCAUUUAUAAUCACCGAGAAGAAAUAGAAAUUGUUGAACCUACAAAUUUCGAAGAAAAUGAUGUUAUUGCCUUAGGAAAUGAACUAGUUAAAUUACCCAAUGACCUGCCUGAAGAAGGAAUACCCAGACGAAGAUUGUUAAAACAAGGCGAUAAGGUUUAUGCGAUGCAAUUUUCACUUUUACAGCCUUGGUUUGAGGCUGUUAUUAUUGCACCGGUUAGUGAAGCGUAUUUCAGUAUAAAUUUUUGUAAUACUAGUGGAGAAAAAAUAUUAAAUUAUAAAAAUAUGGCAUAUUUACACGUUAAUAAAACCCAAUAUCCAGUUGGUACCAGAGUCAUAGCCAAAUUUAAUGAUACUGAUGAAUCGAUGACUGACAAUUUUUAUGCUGGAAUCGUAGCUGAGCCACCGAAGACCUUAAAUAAUUUUAGGUACAUGAUAUUCUUCGACGAUGGAUAUACACAAUAUGUGUAUCAUAAAGAUAUACGGCUAGUAUGUAGACAAUCAGCGAAUGUUAAUGAAGAUGUCCAUGAAAAUUCAAAAGAUUUUGUAAAAAGCUAUUUGGAUAUGUACCCAGAACGUGCAAUGGUAAAAUUUAACAAAAAACAACUCGUACGUGCAGAGUAUGAUAAGAAAUGGUACUUAACCAAGGUAAUUGACAUAGAUGCUUCAUUAGUUCAAUUGAAAUUCCUUGAUUUUCAUUAUAAGCACUCUGAGUGGAUGUAUCGUGGCUCAAAUAGAUUACAUCCAAUAUAUAGUCAAAAAGGUAAAAAUAAACAUGGGGAACGUAUCCGUAAUAAGUUAUUGGCGAAUAACAAUCUCAACAGAUCUCUGAAUAUUCCAUAUGUGGAAAUUGAGUAUUUAGGACAAAGCAAGGAAGUUGAUGUGUCUAAACAAUCCCAAACAGUUUCCAAUGGAGAUCAUGGAUACAUAAUUAAGACUGAUAUACCAAGCACUUGUCCAAGACCCUUGGCCUACAAAGCACAUCAAUGUAAUCACUUCUGUACUUUAUGGGUGAACUAUAAUGAAUCAAAAACUAAAUAUAUGCAUGCUCUGACUGUUCCACUUCAUUUUGGAUUUCAAAGAUCAACAAUAGGUACAAAAGUAGUAUACACAACACCGUGUGGUUGCAAAAUAACCAAUUUAGAAGAAAUGUAUAUGUACCUAAAAGCCACAGAUAACCAAAUGACCAUAGACUUCUUUGACUUUAGUAGUGUGCUGAAUCCAUUGGCAGAAUACAAGAAUGAAAAUUAUAAAGCUAUAUUAGACGAUGUGUCAUAUGAAUCGGAAUUUCGACCGAUUAGUCUUGUAAAUAAUUUGAACACUUCACUGCCACCGUUAAUGACCUACAUGACAAAACGUAAACCUAUGAAUGGUGUAAAUAUGAACACAGAUACUAAGUUUUUAACUUGUUGUGAUUGUACUGAUAAUUGUGAAGACAAAACUAAGUGUUCCUGUUGGCAGCUUACUUAUAGUGGCCAGCAUGUGUUACCGCGAAUUUAUAAAGACAGGGACAUCGGUUACAUUUAUAAGAGAUUAAACAAUUGUGUUUACACAGGGAUUUAUGAAUGCAAUUCAGCAUGCAAAUGUUCCAAUACGUGUUUAAAUCGGGUUGUUCAACAGCCUAUAAUACACAAGUUACAAGUAUUUUUAACUGAAAAAAAAGGAUGGGGCAUCAGGACACUCAACGACAUACCCAAAGGUAGUUUUGUGUCAACCUAUGUAGGUUACGUGUACACGGAGAAAGAUGUAGAAAAUGACAGUGUAACAAAUGGAGACGAAUACUUAGCCGAUCUUGAUUAUAUCGAAACAGUGGAAAAAAUUAAAGAAGAUUAUGAAAGUGAUGUUGUUCCACCAGAAGAUGAAAGCAAUGAUGAAUUGUCAUCUGAUGAAGAGUUUCAACCAUGUUCCAAUGUUAUGAAAAGCAUGUAUGGAUCGGAAAUGGCGUUGAGAAGAAGAAACGCACAUAGUGCGAAUACUGAGACAAAUGGAAAACACAGGCUGUCUAAAUUGAAUACCGAACAAACAGUAGAAACAAAACACAAGUCAAUACGCAGUUAUUUUGAUAACGAUGAAAGUGUUUUUAUAUUGGAUGCGAAAAUUGGUGGAAAUAUUGGACGUUAUUUCAAUCAUUCGUGUGAACCCAAUUUAUUUAUUCAAAAUGUUUUUGUAGACACACAUGAUGUAAGAUUUCCGUGGGUAGCUUGUUUUGCUUUGAAUUUCAUUCCAGCAGGAACAGAAUUAACGUGGGAUUAUGGUUACGCUGUAGGAAGUGUUGAUGGAAAAACUUUACUAUGCAACUGUGAAUCUAAACAUUGUAGAAAAAGACUAUUAUAACCAUAUAAAUGUAUACUUGUUUUGAUUU